CGCUUUAUUCGGGUUUUUCUUCCUUUCAAUUUCAAUAGGUGUGUACGGUUUUCAAUUGACGAAGUGUAUGUUUAGUCAUCAACACUUUGUAUAAAUUGAUUUUUUUAUUGAUUCGUGGAAUCUUCCAGAAAGAUGUCGAGCGUUUGCAGUGAUAAGUCGUCGUCGACGCCGGCGGUAACCGGCGGCGGUUUUGGAGGAGAAAUCAUGUUGUUUGGUGUGAGAGUAAAAGUGGAUCCUAUGAGGAAGAGCGUGAGUCUGAACGAUCUUUCACAGUACGAGCAACCGAAUGCUAACAACAACAACAACAACGGCGGCGGUGAUAACAAUGAAUCCUCUAAAGUGGCGCAGGAUGAAGGUUAUGCCUCUGCAGAUGACGCGGUUCAACAUCAGUCCAACAGUGGUCGCGAGCGUAAGAGAGGAGUUCCGUGGACAGAGGAAGAGCAUAAGUUAUUCCUUUUAGGAUUGCAAAAAGUUGGAAAAGGAGACUGGAGAGGAAUCUCUCGUAACUUCGUAAAGACUCGCACACCGACACAGGUUGCAAGUCAUGCUCAGAAAUACUUCCUCCGGCGAAGCAACCUCAACCGUCGCCGCCGUCGAUCUAGCCUCUUUGAUAUCACCACUGACUCGGUAUCAGUAAUGCCAAUAGAAGAGGUGGAAAAUAAGCAAGAAAUCCCAGUUCCAGCACCAGCAACAUUACCUCCUGUAGAAACUACCAAAACCAAUGCAUUUUCGGUGGCACCGGCUGUUGCUCCUAUCAUAUUUCCAGUACAGGUUAAUAAGUCAAGAGAGAAUCCAACUCUGUUUCGACAUGAUCAUGCGAAUUCAUCGAUGCUAGUUGGUCCUGUUCCUAUGUUUUCAAUGCCUAAUCCAUCAAAAUCGAUCGACCUUAACGCCAACCACAAUUCAACAAUCGAGCCAUCGUCGUUGUCACUGAGAUUAUCAUUGUCACUUGAUCAGGGACAAGCAUCAUCUACUAGACACUCGGCAUAUAAUGUGAUGUCAAGUUUCAGUAAUGGAGAAAGCAUCAUCCGUGUGGCAUGAGAGAGAUCAAAGGAUCUCUGGAGAAAGAAAAAAAAGAAGAAGAAAAAACUAGGACAAAGAGUGAGUAAGCUGGGUUCAUAAUUAUAUUAAUCUUAUAUAUUGAGGAAAAGUUUAUGUAAGGAGAUAUCCAUAUGUGAUUAAUUGACUAGACUUUUGGUCCUGAUUUGUACAGACCAGAAAUAUGUCAUGCUUUGUGGUACCUAUUUAAUGCUACUCUUAUUUAUAACAUCAAAAUCCCUACUACUAAAGUAGUUUUCCAUGGAAAAA